AUGGGCCCGGCCAAGAACCAGCACCAGAAGACGGCACACUGGGUGACGGCUGGAAGCCACAUUGCUUCCAGCCCUAUGGAGAUCCCUGUCACCUCGACAUUGCAUUACUGUUUGUCAGCUCAACCGCCCCUGGACCAUCUUUCGUGUCGAAAAGAAACCGGUCCGCAGUUCUCUACCGGUGAGAACCGGCCGGCUGAUGCCUUUGUCGAAGCCUCCCUUGGUCUUUCCCUUCUCGCUGGAGGUUCAGAUUCGAAUACAACCACCACCAUUCACUCCACAGCAGCCAUUUGCACCAGCACCAGCACCGCUACCGCUACCAGGGCCCCUCCACCAUCAGUCGAGAUGAUGCAGCAGCAAUACCAGUUUCCGACACCAGAGUCCUUUUACGAGCCGUUACCGCCACAAAUGCUUGAUUCGUCCUCGUCGGGCAACCUUUUCACCUGCGAGGCAGAACCCCACAAUGAGAUAUGGUUCUCUCAGAUCGAGUAUGACUCCAUCAGGAUGUCCUCUGCCGAGGACUCGGUCCACGGGUUUCUGUGGCCGUCGUUUGCACCCUUCUCCGCCGAUAUGGCCUUGUACCCUACCGCGACAACAACCGCCACGCCACCUGCAGGCUACUGCCUCGACUCGUCCGAAUCGUCGACCUCGUCGCCGCCGCCGACCGGCUUUCCCUGCAUGGGCCAGGUUCACGAGCCGCCUGUGUCCUACGACGACCUGCCACGGUCCGAGUCCCCAAGAAACGCAUACGACCUGACGAACUAUGGCAUUCUCAACCCGGACGGCAGCUGGCGCUGCCGAUACCAGGGCUGUUCGUCGCAGGCGACCUUUCGACGGGGGUGUGACCUACGCAAACACUACAACCGACAUCGCAAGCACCUGUUCUGUCGGCACGAGGGUUGCCCGCAGGCGACCGAGGGCGGGUUCUCGAGCAAGAAGGACCGCGCCCGGCACGAGGCCAAACACAACCCUGCCAUCCAGUGUGAAUGGAAGGGCUGUGGGAGGAUGUUCAGCCGCGCGGACAACAUGAAGGAUCAUGUUCGCCGGAUCCACAAGAAACACGUCCAUUAG